UUGAACUGAAAAUGUGGGCAAUAUCCUUUGCUAUGGUUUUUAUAUAUAGAUAUAUAAAGCAAUAAGGCGAGUACGUGUUGCUAAAAACAUGACUAAGACACUGACAUCUAACGGUAGGCCGCGGUAGCAUUAGCUCAAUUAAAAUGGCUGUUCUAUUUGUAGGCAUUGAUUUAUCACGUCGAUGAAACUCGAAGUAAAAAGGCCUUAUUUGGGUCGUGGUGAGGGUUUUUAUUGGCAUCGGUGCCGACAUGAGAACAACCGCUCAGACGUGUUUAUAUUAACGGUUCGCUGGAGCCCGACACUCCCUCCACCGAAACCCGCUUUGCUCGCUGCUCACCUCGGAUGAAAGCGUCAAGGUCGCCGCCAGUAGCAACACAAACGCCGUGAGUCCUCCCAUGUCGCUUCCCCGCGGCCCACAACCAGAAUUGUGUUCGUUAUACUGCGUUGCGAUGAGAAAUAAAAAGUGAGCGGAGGCUGAUCCCGAUCCCACGGAUCUCUCUCUGCCCGCUUCUAUCCCGAUCCCAGGCUGAGUGGAGGGAGGCGGGGGGAACAGAUGGACAGGUGAGGGCGGGUGGAUGGAGAACAAGAUAAACAAACCCACUAACCAACGGGUCAUAGAAAUGAUUUAGCAGACUGGAACCCGCUAUAAGCUAUAGAUUGCUUAGAAAACGACAAAUAGCAGCUCAUAUUUCCAUUCAUCCUAAUGCAAAUGAGUUGAAACUUCCCGAGGUUUAGCUCUCGAGUGACGGGAAAAUGGAUGGGGUGAGAACUGCAGCUCUAUGGGAGUUUAAUAGUCAACAAUGAGCAGACGAAAAAGAGUUUCAUCUGACCAUGGAGCGACUGCAGAAGUGGCCUGCAGAGGUUCCUCCAGGAAGCACAAGAUCUGCAUGGUUUCUGACUUCUUCUAUCCAAAUAUGGGUGGAGUUGAAAGCCAUAUUUACCAGCUUUCUCAGUGCCUGAUCGAGAAGGGACACAAGGUGGUGAUCGUCACUCAUGCCUACGGUCAGAGGAAGGGCAUCAGAUACCUGACCAGUGGACUGAAGGUCUACUAUCUCCCUCUUCAAGUGAUGUACAACCAGUCGACAGCCACCACCUGCUUCCACAGCCUCCCUCUUCUCCGCUGCGUCUUUGUCCGGGAACAGAUCACGGUGGUUCACGCUCACAGCUCGUUCUCAGCAAUGGCUCAUGAUGCGCUGUUUCAUGCCAAGACUCUGGGUUUGAACACUGUAUUCACUGAUCACUCACUCUUCGGCUUUGCUGACGUCAGCUCUGUGCUGACCAACAAGCUUCUAACUGUAUCACUAUGUGACACCAACCACAUUGUGUGUGUGUCCUACACCAGCAAAGAAAACACAGUCCUUCGUGCCGCCUUAAACCCGGAAAUAGUUUCAGUUAUUCCCAAUGCUGUGGACCCGACAGACUUCACCCCUGACCCCACGCAACGGCCGAACGACAGGAUUACCAUUGUUGUUAUCAGUCGGCUGGUCUAUCGGAAAGGAAUUGACCUUCUUGGUGGAAUAAUCCCAGAGCUCUGCCUCAAACAUCCCGACAUUCAUUUUCUAAUUGGAGGAGAGGGACCAAAGAGACUUGUGCUGGAGGAGGUCAGAGAGAAAUACCAACUCCACGAUAGAGUCCAUCUUCUCGGGGCACUGGAGCACAAAGAUGUUCGCUCAGUUCUUGUUCAGGGCCACAUUUUCCUCAACACUUCUCUCACUGAAGCUUUCUGCAUGGCCAUUGUGGAGGGAGCCAGCUGUGGACUGCAGGUGGUGAGCACUAGGGUGGGGGGAAUUCCGGAGGUGCUGCCGGACGAGCUGAUCACUCUCUGUGAGCCCACGGUGCGGUCGCUGUGCGCUGGUCUGGAGACCGUCAUCAAGUGUCAGCGUUCCGGGUCACUCCCCCCUCCUGAGGUCAUCCAUGCCAGGGUGCGAAAUCUCUACACCUGGAGAAACGUCGCUGAACGGACUGAGAAAGUUUAUGACAAGGUGUCGGGGGAAGAGGUCCUCCCCCUGGACCGACGGCUGCGGCGGCUGAGGUCCCACUGUGGCCCGGUGGCUGGAUCCUUUUUUGCCUUUUUUGCCAUUCUGGACUUCCUGUUCCUUCUGAUGCUACAGUGGCUGGUUCCGGACAGGGUAAUGGACCUGGCAGUGGACGCCACUGGUCCUUUUGGCCGCUGGCAGAAAGAACCUUGCAGGGAAGCCAGAGCAACUUCUGAAGGGAAGCCAGCCGAUGCUGAGCGUCUGUCUUCAUAACAAGCCUCAGUGUCAAGUUGGAAUCCCAAGAUUUUACUCCAGGAUUGUUGCAAAUUUCUGAUAUAUGUGUAAUAAUUUUCAGUAUUUAAUUAUGUGACGUUAUUGUUAACAGAACAACAUAACUUGUACCUAUUGUUCAGGUCCCAUCUUGCCAUUGACAGUUCGUAUGUUGGGGAACUAAACAGUUGGGAUCAUAAUGUGGCACAUCUGUCUCCAGGAAGCUUGUUUACAUCCACUUUUGGAGCUUGAAUUAAGAAACACUCCUUGUGUACAGACUUGAUGAUGAAGAUCAAACUUUAUUUUCUUAAAAAUAUGUUUCAAAAAUAUGUCUCAUUUGUCUUGUUCUGUUGUUGAGGGUGGAAAUCGGGUUGUUAGGUUUCCCAAAAACACAUUUGAUCAGCCACACAGAAUAACAGCAGCAUGUGAAACCAUCCAGACACUGGGAA